GCACCCGCCCAGGUCCUGGGGCCAGGAGGGCCAGCAGCUCCUAUAAAGCCAGGCCAGCCAGCCCCCAACGGUUCCUUCAGCCCCUGAGACCUUUAGCCCCCCUGUUGUGAGAGAAAAAGAAAAUGUCCCCUGGCCUGACCCUGACAUUAAGACUGGUUCUGGUGGGGCUGAAGAAAGGGGACUCACCUCCCACCGCAUCACAAGCUACAGCAGCAGUGCCAGCCCCUACCCAUAACCGGGAGCUUCCCUUUUCGAGGAGGCUGCAGCCAAGAUGGAAUUAAGGUCUAGAACGGAUGUCAGCUCAAACAACACCCACCCAGUGAGGCCUGUCCUGACCAUCCUUCAAGAGGACGCCCUGCCCCUCAGUUACUCCAGCUCAAGCACCCAGCUUCCCAUGGCUUUUCCCCUCCCUGCUGCUGGAACCAGCUUCGCCUCACAAACUGCACUUGGAAUGGUCCCCACCGUGACCCCACCGUUUCCCCCCACGGCCAUGCAGCCACCCAGGACCGGCAGCCCAGCAGGGUAUGGCGGGUACCAGCCCCACUCCAUCCAGGACUUUGAUUAUGGCAGUGGACCCCUGGACCCCGUCCCUGCACCUACCACUGUUCCCUCCUACCAGGACAGUUAUGGCUACAGACCAUCGACAGCAGCCAGUAGCUACGAGAACCAACAGUAUCCCCUGCCUGCUGUGGAUCAGCCUCAGCUACCUGCCACGGCCACGAUCUGCCAGCCAGGGACCAAAGGAGCUUACUGCCAGCCCAGCGGUGGGUACGGCCAAGGGCAAUCCCCACAACAAGCACCCACUACUGGGGCGGUGCAGCCAGCCAGUGCCCCAUCCUCCAGUUACACCUACGCCCCAGUGACCAGCGUCCAGCCCGCGGCCUCCUUGUCCACCCUGCCUUCCUACACCCCAUCCUCAUCCUCCUACAGCUUCGCCUCCACCUCGGACACAGGACCAGGGUACCCGAGCUAUGACACGUGGAUGUACUCAGGAGCCGGUCCUUACUACCCUCCACUGCUCCCCCCACAGAUGCAGGCUCCGCCCCCGCUGCCUCCACUCCCAAAGCCUGUGGACUCGUUCCCGUGGGACAGCUCAGGGAGCAGCCCCAGUGCCAGUUCUGCUGGCAGCUUCGCCAGGAAGCCACCAGUUCCCACCAAACACAAGGGCAGGCCCAGGCAGUCCCCACUUCACUACUGUGACAUCUGCAAGAUCAGCUGUGCCGGUCCCCAGACCUACCGUGAGCACCUGGAAGGGCAGAAGCACAAAAAGAAAGAGGCGGCUCAGAAGAUGGGUGUCCAGUCCAACGGCAGCCCAUGUGGGGUGCAGGCGAAGCUGCACUGUGACCUGUGUGCUGUGUCCUGCACUGGGGCAGAGGCCUACGCUGCCCACAUCCAGGGGGCCAAGCACCAGAAGGUCUAUAAGCUGCACACCAAAUUGGGGAAGCCCAUCCCCACCAUAGAACCGGCACCCAGGAAAUCCAGCUCAUCCCAGACCACCUGCACCAGCAAGCCGGCCCCCCUCACCACGGAGAGCCCCGCUAUGGCCUCAGCCAAGCCUGCUGCCCCCUCUGACCACAGCGUGCACACCCCAAGCAGGUCAGAGCUGGCCAAGAGACCAGUGGCCAGGAAGGCCACAUGCGUGGGGCCUCCUGAGCCAAAGGCAGCGGGCCGCAGACCUCCAGAAGAAAAAGUGGCACACCGGAAAUCAGAAAGGCCCGGAGAACUGCCCACCGGAGGAGGCUCUGCUGAAGCUUCUGGAAGUUUCAGUGACUCAGAGCCAGUGGGCCCAGGCUAUGUGGAGGAGGUGUGCAACGAUGAAGGCAAAGUGAUCCGGUUCCACUGCAAGCUGUGUGAAUGCAGCUUCAAUGACCACAACGCCAGGGACCUGCACGUGAGGGGGCGGCGUCACCGGCUGCAGUACAAGAAAAAGGUGAACCCUGCCCUUCCAAUCACUAUCAAGCCCAGCAACAGAGUCCGGAAGCUGCUGGAGGAGAAGAAGAGGCAGCAGAAGCAGCUGACCAGGAAGCGGCUGGAGGAACUGCGGCGCUGGCACGCGGACAUGAGGCGCUCUGACCUGUGCAAGAGGCGGCUGGAGGAGAAGCUGCAGGCCCAGGAUGACCACCAGGCCUGCUCACCGACUGACCAGCACCUUCCUGCCCUCACUCCCCUCAUGAGCAGGCCGGGUGUGCCCGCCGCCACACCUUGGCCCUCACGGCGGCCAGAGUCCAGUGAUGACCGGCACGUCAUGUGCAAGCAUGCUGCCAUCUACCCCGCAGAGGAGGAGCUCCUGGCCAUCCAGAAGGCCGUGUCCCACUCGGAGCGCGCCCUCAAGCUGGUGUCCGACACGCUGGCGGAGGAGAAUUCUGGAAGCCCAGAGCAAGAGGGCGGUGAGUGCAGCAGCAUCAGCCCCUCUGCUCGGAUCCUGAAGGGCGUGAUGCGGGUCGGGCUCCUGGCCAAAGGCCUCCUCUUGCGGGGAGACAGGACCGUGCAGCUGAUCCUGCUCUGCUCCCAGAAGCCCACCGGUGCCCUGCUGCGGAGAGUUGCCGAUCAGCUGCCCCAGCAGCUCCUGAUGGUGACAGAGGACAAGUACCAGGUCUCCUCUGACCCUGAGGCCAACAUUAUCAUCUCGUCCUGUGAGGAGCCCAGGAUGCGGGUCACUGUGUCUGUCACUUCACCCCUGAUGCGGGAGGACACCUCCACUGACAAAGAAGGAAUGGAAGCACCUCCACGCGAACCAGGGGACAUCUUGAGCCCAGAAAAAUGUCUCCAGUCGCUGGCCGCCCUCCGCCAUGCCAAGUGGUUCCAGGCACGAGCCAGCGGCCUGCAGCCCUGUGUGAUCGUCAUCAGGGUUUUUCGGGACCUCUGCCGGCGCAUGCCCACCUGGGGGGCCCUGCCAGACUGGGCCAUGGAGCUGCUGGUAGAGAGGGCUCUGAGCAGUGCAAAGCGGCCCUUGAGCCCCGGGGACGCCGUGCGACGGGUCCUGGAGUGUGUGGCCUCGGGGACGCUCCUGGCAGAUGGGCCUGGGCUCCAGGAUCCCUGCGAGAGAGACCAGAGGGAUGUGAUCGGGUCCAUGACCCUCCAGGAGCGGGAAGACAUGACAACCAGCGCCCAGCACGCCCUGCGCUUGUUGGCGUUUCGGCAGAUACACAAGAUCCUGGGCAUGGAUCCUCUGCCGCCGCCCCAAAGCAGGCCCGGGCCACACUUCCGGAAGAGGUUGAGGGAGGCAGGCCAGGCCAAGGACGGCAAGGGCCCGAGGAAGCAGGCUUGCGGGCCGGAGAGGGGCAGUGUGAGUGGCCUUGCCCCCCAAGCGGGACCUGACCUCCUGCCGAGUGGUCGCUUCAUCCCUGACAUCGGACAGUCAUGUUCUCCUUUCCAGUAACGUCCUGUGGGUUUCGUUAAAAACACUUGUGCUUAAAUCAUCAGUGAAAUUGCAUCAUCCGAGGAUGAGAACCACCGGGUGGGGCAGCAUCCCGCACCCCGAGGUGCCCGCAGUGCUGGGUAGAAGGUAUGGCACAGCGGCUUUGAACCCUGGUACUUUUGCUAGCCUUAAACUCACCCUGGUGUUGCUAAGGGUGUGGGCUUCUAAAUUGCUUCCUGAGGACACCCCAGCUGUGCUCAGACUUGAAAUCACUAGGCAGGCCCGUCUGGGGUCCCUUGUCUGGGAGGCAGGCCAUGGAGAGCUGGGGGGUCGGCGAAGCCCAAGGGCACACCUGGGCUCAGCCUGCUGCAAACAGAGCCCCUCCCGUUCUCAGCCUAGAGAUAGCCCCUCAGCCAGAGCUCUGCAGGGCCUGAGCUGGGCUCCCUCACCCCUACCCCGCCUCCCUUGGUGGGGAGACAGGGCCAGGGGUGAUGAUCAUGCAGGCUGAGUGCUCCUCUGGUCCCCCAGAAACAUUUGUGAGCCUACAGCCUUCCCUGACCUAGAGUCCCCCACCCCUCACCCUUCAUCCCAACCACUGAGUGCCUUCUGCUUACAGAGGAGCUGCUCUGCAAUGUCCCAUUUAGGGCUGGGCUUGCCCAAUGUCUUUCUCCUAUCCUCCCUGCGUAGGUCUGGCCUACCUGGGUCCAGGGCUUACCUCUUGGGAGCAGGUCUGGGGGCCAUGCCUGGUGCAGGACAUGGGGUCAGGCACCGCCUGGCUCUGAUGGACAUGGGGGCACCCCUUGCCCAGCCUCUGCCCCGAUUUGUCCAAACCUCCCUUUUCAGCAAGCAGCUUUUUUGGCCAGCUGCCCAAUGGCCUUAAAGGAGAAAAGUCCAUCUUUGUGCCAAUGCAGUUACAGUGACUUGAUUCCUUUGAUUUCAUGUCUGUGUUUAAGGGACAGCCUCUGUGUGGCUUCAUGUCUAAUGUCUUUGCAGAGCUACCUGGAAGUUUGGUGGGGGAAUAAACGAGAUAUGCUUGUC